ACACACACACACGUUUACUCAUUCCUGGUUUUGAGGCUUUCCAUUUCGUUACUUCCUAUAGAGGGCAGUCUUUUGGGCGCCAGCCUCUCGGCCCCUGAAUACGGAAGUUGAGCGCUCGCCACUUCCUGUUUAACUCGGCGUGUUAGUGGCGUUAUUCUAAGGCUUUUGUCCCAGAAGACAAUUACCGAUUUAGCACAUCGAGGUCCCCCGAACAUUCGACAGGGGCUAUGGCUCGAAAUGCUGAGAAGGCCAUGACGGCCUUGGCUCGCUUCCGACAAGCUCAGCUGGAGGGAGGAAAAGUCAAGGAGCGUCGACCUUUCCUGGCGUCCGAGUGCAACGAUCUUCCCAAAGCGGAGAAGUGGAGAAGACAGAUCAUCAGUGAGGUUGCCAAAAAAGUGGCUCAGAUUCAAAACGCGGGUCUGGGCGAGUUCAAGAUUCGAGAUCUGAACGACGAGAUCAACAAGCUGCUAAGGGAAAAACGGCACUGGGAAUAUCGCAUUCGAGAGCUGGGAGGCUCGGACUAUAAGCGCUUUGGGCCCAGGAUGCUGGAUCACGAGGGCCGGGCAGUUCCUGGCAAUCGUGGCUACAAAUACUUUGGGGCAGCCAGAGAUCUGCCCGGAGUACGAGAACUCUUUGAGAAAGAACGUGUGUGUGGGCGCGUGCGUGUUUGCUUACGUGCGUAUGUGUGUGCGCAUGUGUUGGGUGUGGUGUGUGUGUCGCGUGUGCGGCCAGCCGCUCCCGAGCUACGCAAGACUCGCGGUGAGCUGAUGAAGGACGUGGACGCUGAGUACUAUGGCUACCGAGACGAAGACGACGGCGUCCUGGUUCCGAUGGAAAUCCUACACAAGAAGCGAGCCAUGGCCGAGGCGAUACACAAGUGGAGGGCGGAUUGCCAAUGUCUCCCUUCAGGGGACAACAAAGUGCCGGAAGACAACGAGGACUACGAGCCCAGCAUCUAUUGCGUCAACAACCGCCAGCCCGAGGACGACGAGCACGACCAGGAGACUCUGGAGGAAGGCGAGGGGGGCGUGGCCUUCUUCGCACACGUCCCCGUUCCCUCGCAAAAAGAGGUGGAGGAGGCUCUGGUCCGCCGGAAGAAGAUGGAGCUGCUGCAGCGGUAUGCCAGUGAAACUUUGCAGCAGCAAAAUCAGGAAGCCAGAACGCUGCUGGGACUGUGACAUGCGGACCUCCCCCACACUCGCCUGUCUCAUAGCGGUGGUCUUUAUUUGCAGAACUUUCUCAAUUUGAAUGUUUUUUUAUUUUUCCCCACAAUAAAAUUUGUUCUUCAGAAAGCGA